AUUUGCUGUUGAAUGAACAAGGCAAAUACGGUUGAAUAAAGAGGUCUUACAUAUUCAUCGGGACAUUCAUGGCCGCGUACAACGGUAACUAAGGCAGGUCUCUAUUGACGCUUUUCAGCAGUUGGAACAAAGCGUUGUGGCCUAUUUAUUUUCUUUGUAGAGACCUGAAACGUCACAUCGUGCCGAAAACCAGGGGAAAUAUCACGGUUAUAUACAUGAAUCAAGGAACUUCUGAAGCUUCUUGUGUUUGAAUAACGGAGUAGCGAACGGCAGUCGGUCAGUAAGUGGCCUGUACAAUUACAACUAAUGAGACUGAGGGCUUUCAAGACCCAGCUUGAGCAGGCUGGCGAAGUGAUCAUUUCCCGCACAGUGGACAUCGUUUGCGUGCUGUAUGGGUCAUCAAGGAUGCUUUUCACUAAAUAAAUGCCUUGAAUAGCUACCACAGCUGAGCUGUACGUGUAUGAAACUUAAUGACUAGUGAAGGAAGUGAAUCGAUCUCGACAACCACUUAUUGCUGCUGUACUAAGUAUUAAUGCCCGCGAUAUGGAUUUCCUUUAAGAGUUCAAAGGGGCACAAACUACUAUAAAGGAUAAUCUCUACCUCAGGGUUAUACAUGAACUGACCACUUAGUUGUGAAUUAUUGUUAACGAUUAGGCUAUUAACGUUACGGUACAAGAGCUGUAGACAAAAGUGCAUUCUGAAUACUAGCAAACGAAUGCCGUGCAUGCGCAGAUAGUAUUCUAGUGAUCUUAUUAGCGAAGGUAACGGUUUUCUUUAUUUCACUUAAUAACAAAAAUGCCUGCAGCAGCACAGGAAAAACCAAGCAUUCUCUCCACGAGAUUACAACGGGCAUAUAAAAUUAACAACAUCGAAUACACGAAAGCCCUAGGAAAAAUGCAGCUUAUAGAAAAAGCACAGGUCCAUUCAUUUCGGGUCACCAAUAAUGAUAUCAGACUAGUCAAUUUGGCAUUAGAACAUAUCCAAGCCUGUAGCGGACACAGCCCAGAGGGACUACCACCCGACUUUGUGGACGAUGGUCAGAAAGAGGAAGCGAUGUCAUGUUUUUUAUAUGGAGAGAGAAUAGGUUCCAGACGAUUUGCAAGGAAACAACGCAAAGCAAUUUCAGCCAACGACUCCCGAGUGCAGCGUCCUCUUUCAAAAGAAGAAGAAAUCGAGGAAGAAGAGGAUGACGAAGACGACGAGGAAAGGGACGAAUUUGCUUUUAGUUCUCCUUCACCGCGGACUCGUCGCGUUCAGUCUGCAGCGGGAUGUCGCCGGGACAGUGUUGUUAGUGACGCAUCGUCUGAGGCCUCAAAUUACAGUGUGCGUCCUAAAAGCACACCGGCAAGUCGCUUACGAAAAAACUUGUCGAAACCAAGGUUUUCGCUUGGUUAUGAAAAAGAUUUUUUUAACUCUGAUGAUGAAAACGAAGAACUUAUAGAACUAAGUAAAACUCCCAAGCCACCAGGAACUCCAAAAGUGGCAUUUAUGGAUCGUUCUAUAAGCAGGAGUCGCAGUGUUGGCGCAGUGUCUUUUACCCCUGGUUUGUCCCGGUGCACGAGUCGAGCGUCAACCCGCUCGCGCUCAAGGAGUUCCGCAUAUGCUGAUCUGAAUAUAAACGAUUUAGAAAAGGUGCUUCGUAAAAAGGUACGCAUUACCUCGGCUGACUUUGUCAUGCCCCGUAAGAGACCAUCACGGUUCGCAGAGGGCAUUGUAAAAUCUGCUACGCCAAAAAUGGCCCAAGUUGUAAACAGAGUGCAAGUGGCAACAUCUUAUGCACGUAGGUGGCGGAGCGCGGCCGCCGCUCACAGUCGUUCAAAAGAGAACGACUCAGCACCGUCUGUCCACUUUUUGCUUCCUGAUAUAGAGAGAACGGAACUCAAAAAAGCUUUGAAUGAAGAAAGAAAUAAAGUAGUCGAGGAAAAGGUAGUAGCUUUUAGGGAACAAUAUCCCAUUAAGAGUAACAAUGAUGUCAGUGUUCAGGGGAAAGAACUAUAAAGUCAUUUUUACACCGCUAAAUGCAAAGUCUGGAUUGCAAAUAGCUGUUUAUUUAUAGCUGUAACAAGAUUGGUGCUUUUAAGUUAUAUGCUGUGAACUGAAUACUAUGGUGUUCUAAACUAUGCAAAAUAAACAAUUUAUGUUAUUUUCCAAAAUUUUUAAUUAUUUCCGUUCCAAAACAAUCCGAUUUGACUCUUAUAUGUUCAGCUUGAAAUCUUUCUCAUUGCGUUAGUUGUGAAUCGCAAAACACAAUAUUGAAGCUGCAGAGAGUUUAGGCUUAGAUGGUUAAACAUUUAAUAUUGCCAUGCUUUUCUGUUUGCAGUUAAAUGGCAAGAUAUUGAAAGGGACUGUAGUUACUUUCCCGCCAAUAACGAUUUACUCUUGACUUUGAUAAAUAAGCAUGAUAAGUGUCGAGGUCGAUUUGUUUUUGCUUUCACUACUAAUUGACAUUAUAUCUUUAUCUACAUUCACGGAUAAAAAGAGAUACAACAUACUUACAACAAUAAAAAGCGAUAACA